AUGUCAGAAAGCAUAGCAGACUAUUAUACAUUCCCCUAUAAAAUACAAAAAGUAUGCGUUAUAGGUGCUGGCGUUGCUGGCUUGGUAACGGCUAAAGUCCUGAUGGAUAUUGGGUUGAAUGUGACUGUUUACGAGAGAGGGGAGCAACCUGGAGGAAUAUGGGUAUACUCUGAGGAUACUGGACCAGUGCCCUUAUUUCCGAGCACAGAUCCAAUGAUAUCCGAUCCUCCCGAGGAGAUACCAGACACCGAAUCAUCUUGUUCUUCCACCUCUCAUAAUAUCCGUAAUGUGUCUCCUAUCUAUGCCGGCCUCCACACUAAUAUACCAACGCCAAUGAUGACAUAUUUCAAUACGCCAUAUCCACCGAAUACGCCUCUAUUCCCUAAUCACAAAGUCGUACUAUCGUAUCUGAAAUCCUUCGUUAAGGAACAUAAACUGAAUGACGUUAUUUCUUAUAACGUGAACGUGACGAGAGUUAUCGAAAGCGAGAAUGGAUGGAAGGUUAUUACGAAGAAAUUGAAGAGGACGGGAAAUGAACAAAUACAGAACGAUAAGCAAAAAAUAGAUCUUGUUGAGAAUAACGUGGAGAUGGAGAAAAUUGGCGAAGAUCGAGAGCCAGUUCCCGAUUAUAAUCGAAAAGACAUUGGAGCACAUGACAGUGAUGCCGCAAAAUAUGUGGCUGAAUGGAGGGAGGAACAAUUUGAUGCAGUAGUGGUCUGUACUGGUCACUACAAUGUGCCAUAUAUUCCAGAAAUCGACGGUUUGAAAGAGUGGGCAAAUACAUGGCCUGAACGUAUACUGCAUUCUAAACAAUACCGCCGGCCCGAUUUAUUUGAAGAUCAGCCAACAUUAGUGAUAGGAUGUGCGGCAUCAGGAUCAGAUAUCUCGCGCGAACUCGCUUCGACUUUUAAAUCACCAAUAUACCUUUCCGUACGCCGUAUCAUUUCAAUAACAAGCAUCGCCGAGUCGGUUAUUGUCAAACCUAUCGUGAAGAGGCUUAUUGUAUCUUAUUCGGACAAUGCCAACGCUUAUAACGAUGACAGCUACUGCGUUCACGAAAAAAAGAGCGUUCCUUACGGCCAAGUCGAAUUUAUAGAUGGCACAGUUAUAAACGUGCAUAGGAUUAUUUUUGCAACGGGUUUUAUGUAUUCGUAUCCUUUCUUACAUGGUAUUGAGAUUGGAAAGCAUGGAGAUGUUAGUAAGGAGAGAAUAUUAGUAACAAGUGGAAAAAGAGUUUAUAACCUGUACAAACAGGUGUUUUAUAUACCCAAUCCGACACUGGCGUUCGUAGCCCUUCCAUUAAAGAUAUCUCCGCCCGCCCUGAGCCAGACGCAAGCUCUUUUGAUCUCGCACGUCUAUGCAUCCCGUAUCCAACUCCCGUUUCUCACUUCCAUGCGUAAAGAAUAUAAUUCGACUUCCAUUGAUGCAAUGUUCACAACUCCUAGAGACUAUCAUGAAUUCGGAGCUGUCAAAGCAAGCCAGUAUAUCAGAGAAAUACUUGAAUUGGUCAACAGUUGUAAGGAUGAAGAAGCUGGUGAGAAGAAGGAAAUAUUAGUAUUUGAGAAUUGGAGAGAAGAUCUGCAUCUUGCUGCUAGGGAGCUCAGAGCUAAAGAACUUGGAUAUUGA